AUGACAAAAUGUGAUUCAACACUAGUGAAAUUUAACACUCAAAGUGCAUAUAAGUUCCUGGUUGAUGGUUUUCGACAUAGGGAAGGGAGCGAGAUAUGGAAACGGUUCUGGAAAGCUAAAGUUCCCCCAAAAGUGCUCAAUUUCUGCUGGCGGGCUCUAGUUAAUGUUGUCCCUUGCCUCUCGUCACUUCAGUCCAAGAGAGUCCCAGUUGAUCCUUCAUGCCCGCUGUGUCAUGUAGCCCCUGAGAAUGUCUUGCAUAUUCUGAUUCAGUGCCCUUUUGCCCGCAGCUGCUGGUUAAGCUCGCCGUUGGGUUGGCCUGCGCCUUCUGCAUCUUCUUUAAAUGAGUGGUUUUCUUUAGCCUUCUCUUCUGCUUCUGUGGAAAAUGCCUCCCUUAUGCUAAUGAUCUUAUGGGCUUUGUGGCAAAAUAGGAACAAUGUUGUAUGGAAGGGCCAGGGUCAGACUGCGAGUGGUGUGUUCUUCAUGGCUCUGAAUUUUUUGCAGCAAUGGAAAGCAGCCCGGGUCGUAUUCUCAGUAAGCACCAUUAUCGACCCGGCUCGCCCGAUCUGGUCUCCUCCGCCGCACGGUUGGAUCAAGGCGAACAUUGACGCCUCUUUAAGCUUGCAACGAGGUUCGAUAGGUUUCGGUUGUGUAAUCCGGAAGGAUGAUGGGAGUUUUGUGGCUGCUAGAGCAGGCUCUUUUUAUAGCCAGAUGGAUGCAAAGUGUGCUGAAGCUAUAGCAUUCCGGGAAGCAUUAAGCUGGAUUAAAGAGUGUGGAUGGGAUCGAGUUCUUUUUGAAUUGGAUAUUCAGAUCUGCGAAUGA